AUGGUUAAAUACACGAGUUUAUUAGUAGCUCUUUUGGCCACUAUUUCGGCUGUAAGCUCACUUCCAGUAUCAUAUUUACCACCUGGUUGUGAUGUAGGCAUAAAUGGAAACAUUGGGUGUGGCAAUACCGGCAAAGGAAAUGUAGGAAAUAACAACGGUGGUAAUGGAAAUGUUGGCAGUGGAAAUGGAAACUCUUCAUCAAAGGGCAACAACGGUAACUACAACGUCGGAAAUAGGAAUGGCGCGCAGGCCGAGGGAACUAACAACGGAAACAACAACGUCGGUAGCGACAAUGGUUCUAUUGUCGGUGGAAGCAACAAUGGAAAUAAGAAUGUUGGCAGUGGAAAUGGAUAUUAUGUCGGUGUAGGAAAUGCUAAGGACGGAACUUCAGGAAAUAACAACGGUAACUCUAAUAUUGGCAAUAAUAACGGAGCGCAUAAUGGAAACUAUAAUGGUGGUAGCAAGAACGGAAAUAAUUCGGGAAAUCAUAACUUGUCAAGUGAUAAUGGAAGCGGUAAUGGAAACUUUAACGGCCCUGAUGGAUCAAACAAUGGUAAUGAUAAUGGAAACGAUAAUGGUCCCCAAAAUAUUGGAAAAUAUGUGAUGACCCAUUUCCAGAAAUAA